AUGAUAUACAAAUACCAAAAAAAUAAUCCACUGAUUUGGUCAACAACAUACAGGAAACUGAUUUCAGUAAAAAAAAAAAUAUAA